AAAAAGUGUUGCAUGUUUUCUGAUUUCUGUGUUUUCUGCAGAUGCAACAGUUCUUGUCUAGCUUAAAUUCCACGAUAGCUAGUAUUUCUUUGCAGAUGCCCACUGAGCAUUUCAGGAGCUGCUUCUCCCUUCAUGAUAUCCCAUACAACUACAUUGCCUGUCUCUGUGUGUGUGUGUAUGAAAGAGAGAGAGAGAGCAUGGUUGCAUGAGCAUGAUAAUGUAACCAUGUGAAUGGAAACAAGAAUUACUCUUCCCAACUCAAAUUGGCAAUUUGGAGAGAGGAGGCCAGCUUGCUCGGAAUGACACAUGAUGAGUUUCAUUCAUCGUCUUACAGCUUCCCCGGGAGUCUCCUCAGCAGCUUAAGACCAAAGUGCUGCCACAAUGAAUGAGGCGCUACUUUCCUCCUGCUGGAUAUAUAACUACAAUUUGGCUCAUGGCCAUGGAUCAUGACAUAUCACCCUUAUUAACUAAAAUGCCUUGAAGCUUCUUUUCCUUUCUGCAUUCUGCUCUGCUGAAGUGAUGGUUCUUUCUGGAAUGCUGACCCAGGCUCAUUCUGCAAUCCUCAAUGCAACUUUCAUUGUCUAUGAAAAUGCCUAUGGAAAUAUCACCACUCCCUUCUUCUUGGUUCAUAGCGGCAAUGUGCAGCCACUGAAAUACCACUUGGGUGUCAUGGUUACCACUGAGGCAACAGCUUUGACAGACAACACUAUACCUGCCCUUCCUUUGCAAGACUUCAAGAGCUUGAGCCUGCCACUCCAGAUCAUACUUUCUGCUGUCAUGAUAUUUAUACUCCUGGUUUCUUUCCUUGGCAACCUUGUUGUCUGCCUCAUGGUCUAUCAGAAGACUGCAAUGCGCUCUGCUAUUAACAUUCUCCUAGCUAGCUUGGCUUUUGCAGACAUGCUGCUUGCUGUGCUGAAUAUGCCUUUUGCUCUGAUAACUAUCAUCACAACUCGAUGGGUUUUUGGCGCUAUCUUUUGCAGAGUCUCUGCUAUGUUUUUCUGGCUGUUUGUCAUUGAAGGUGUUGCCAUUUUGCUCAUCAUUAGCAUUGACAGGUUCCUUAUCAUAGUUCAGAGGCAGGAUAAGCUGAAUCCUUACCGUGCAAAAGUCCUUAUUGCUGUCUCCUGGGCUAUAGCCUUUGUAGUGGCUUUCCCACUCUCUGUGGGGAACCCGAGCCUACAGAUACCUUCUAAAGCACCUCAGUGUGUGUUUGGUUACUCAACAAGUCCUGGCUACCGUGCCUAUGUGAUACUGGUGGUCCUUAUUUCCUUUUUCAUUCCAUUCCUGGUGAUGUUGUAUUCUUUUAUGGGCAUCCUCAACACAGUACGGCACAAUGCAGUUCGUAUCCAUAGCCACCCAGAUAGCAUUUGCCUCAGUCAAGCCAGCAAACUUGGUCUCAUGAGCCUCCAGAGACCCUUUCAGAUGAACAUUGAUAUGAGCUUUAAAACUCGUGCCUUCACAACCAUCUUGAUUCUCUUCAUUGUCUUCAUAAUCUGCUGGGCACCCUUCACCACCUACAGCCUUAUUGCUACAUUCAACAGCCACUUUUACGACAAGCACAACUUUUUUGAGAUAAGCACUUGGCUCCUUUGGCUCUGCUACCUCAAGUCAGCAUUGAAUCCACUGAUUUACUACUGGAGGAUCAAGAAGUUUCAUGACGCUUGCUUAGACUUGAUGCCCAAGUACUUCAAGUUUUUGCCACAGCUACCUGGUCACACCAGAAGACGUAUCCGGCCAAGUGCCGUGUAUGUGUGUGGGGAGCACCGGUCAGUAGUGUAGAACUUGGAACAAGUAGACAGUUGCUCUUUUCUGAUGUAUGCUUGUCUUGGUGGAUUUUUUUUAAAAAAUAACUUCUUUAGCUGCCAUAUUUACAAUGUUUAGUAUAUAUAUUCUGAUAUCAUGUACAAUUUCAAGAAGAUCAUAGUUGGACUUUUUUGCCAGAGUAUGACUCAACAAAGUUAUUGGCUGCAAACCAAAUAAGCUCCAUGUGUGUGAAGGAAGAAUCAUGCAGGCGGUUGGAACUUUUUUGUUUGGGAAAGCAGCUCCUGCUGAUAAAGAGGCAAGAUACGGUUUAUGUUUUGUCUUCUGCAGACUUAGAGCUCAGUCCAAUAUUUCACAUUAGGGCUGCCACAUUUGCAGUGGGAAAUUUCCUUCUGCCCUGCCCCAGCUCCUUGUACACAUCCCCAGAUCUCUUCUGCACAGAGCCCCAACCCUUUAGAGAUGAUUUUGGGUGUGGCCAGGAGACUGGUGAGGACAGAAGCAAUUCAGUUCCCCAGCAUUGGUUUGCUGGUUGAAACAUACUAUUGGACAGAACUCUUUAGCUGAGAACCUCCCACUAUGUGCACAGAUUUUCCUUACACACCUGCAGCUGUUUAAGGAUUGUGGUCACUACCUCCAGGGUUCUGUGGUGGAGAGACAAAACCAUUUUGAAUAUUCAUCAGGGUUGAUGCUAAAGACUGCAGAUCCAUUUAAUUGUAGAUGUUUUUAAUGCUGCUAUUUUAUAGGUCGUUUAGCAGAAGGAAAAUCAUGUUACUGCUUUUUGCCAAUGAAGCAGAGCCAAGAAAUCUCUUAUUUCCUUGAAAUUUGCAAGAGUUGCAGAUAUAUUGAAAAUAGAUUCCAGCAUCUUUGUGCACUUUAAAAUACCAUCUAGAUAUAUGUGUUUGUGUGUGUAUUCUGUUUUAUUUCAUUUCAUCCUGCAAGAGUUUUGUUAUUAUGGAUCCCUUGCAGUCUUUUAGUAAAUAACUGUAUAACAAAUUUUGUUUUUCAGUUUUGCAGAUUUACAGUCUCUCUUGAGUUUACUUGAAUUUCAGAUGUAUCUCAUGCAUAUGUUUCCAAUGAAAGUUUGCAUAUAACCUUCAGUGUAGUCCAGAUUGAAAUCAGUAAGAAUUAAUCCGAUGGAUUUCAUUGGGUUUAGGCUUGUUGAUUUGAGUGGGAUAUAAGUAUGGGUUCAAUCUUAUAGACUGGACAUAUUCUGUGUCAUAAGCGAAGCUCUGUCCAGCUGUAUUGUCUUUUUAAAAGUAUAAAUAUGUCAGGAUCCAAAGAGCUAUAGUACUUAAGACAUACCCCAGUGGACAUUUUGACUCUUCUUUGGAAUUCCAUUGCCUUAUUUCAUGCCACAUGCCAUUUUUUGAAAUAACUCAUCAUUUCAAAAGAAAUUUGUCAUGGAGCAUAUAUAUUGAUGUGGUUGUUUGAGAAACACAGGUCCAACCUUUGUGUUGUUCUUCUGAUACAGAUUAAAACAGAGUUUCUAAGAAGGAAACAUAAUAAUAUUUAUUUGUAAAAUGACAAGAAUCCCACAAAGUGAAAAUACUAACUUGUGAUUUAUUAUAGUUUGCAACCUUAAUAAUACACUGAUUUUUUUGAGUAAGAGAGAUUUUGGGAAGAGGUAACAAGAGUUAAAAAGGUUGAAAUAGUGAGAACAAUCAGAAUUUCCCAUACUCCCACUGAAAUUGUCAAGGUAUUUCAGUGCUGGAACAACCGGCAAGAAGGGGUGGCUUGAAGCUGCACCUGUCGAAGACGGAUUGGGGCCUUGGCAAACACAUAGUGCGGCCUCAAUCCUCCUUCAACCUAGCCCAAAUAGGAACAGAAAAGGUCAACUCCUAUUUGGGCCAGGAAAGAAUCGGCUUUCCUGGCCCCAUUGUAGCCCCAGGGUGGCUUCAAGACGCUUUGUUGAUGUGUGGCAUGUAAAUGCUGUGCCGCCAGAGCAUCUUGAAGCCACUCACCUCUGUGCAACCACUGGCUUCAGGGAGGCUUCUGGUCAUCAUCGGAGUGUGUGGCUUGUAAAUGCCAUGCUCCGAUAAUGCCUGGAAGUGGGCUUUUUUCGACCAUCUGUUUUGGCUCUCACUUGGGCUAUGAACCAGACCUGACUGUUCUCCCUCCUUUGAUCAGUCAAGCUAAUUUGUGAGGUUACAUCAGUCACCAGCUUUCUUUCUUGAUGUUGCCCUCAAAAUAUCCCUUCCUAUUUGAGAAAAACUGAGGGAGGGAGGGAGAAAAAUUACUCUCAGGAAUUUUCUUAGAAGACUUAUCUGCAAUCUGUUAAAUGAACUUGAACAAUGUAAAUGUAUUAAAACCUAGUGUUAGUUUUACUGUAUCUUACAAUGGGGCUAUAUAUAUUGAUAAAUAUGUUUAACCACUCCUUUUUCAAUUUUUUGAUGGCAGCAAAUGGUGUUACUUGAAGCACUACCUUAGAUGGGAAAAAGCAGCAAAGUUCAUUUUUUUAAAAGUUCUCAUGCUCUGAAGUAGAUCAGCUGAACCAGAACUAUCAGUUCUGGCGCGUCUAUUUUAUUUUACUGUAAAGAUUUCACUUUUGUCACUGGAAAUUAGCUUAAAGUAUCUUGCCACUAUUGUCAGUUACCAGUAUCAUUGCUCUGUCUUCCAGCAGAAUGCACCAUAAGACUCAUGAUGUCUUAAUUGUUUGAAGAGCAUCUACAAUGGAGUCACAUUGCUGACCUUGCCUCCAAGGUUCAUGACUCUCUUCUUCCAGCUUGAUUGAGGGGCAUCUGAUCUGGAACAGUUUUUGUAGGUAGACCAGGACAGCUGGAAACCUAAUUGCACAGGUCCAUUUGUGUAGGCUUUCUCAGCUCCUUUGUCUUUCCAUGUGAGUUGGUGGCAAUAAAGGCCCAUUGUUUCUUUCAUCCUGGGACUCACUCCUUCAGUUUUAAUCACUUGCAAAUGGGUGGGGAGCUAUAUAUAUAGGUCAUUGUAAUUUCUGAAGAAGUAAGGGAACAAAGGAACUAGAUCAGAUACAAGGAGGAUAAAUUAUCAUGGGUUUCUGGAGAAAAAUAAAAAAUCGAUGUUAUCAAGAAGCAAUGCUUAUACCUAAAAUAAUUCUAGUAAUGCAUUUUUAAGAAGAAUCCAUAUGGGGGAUAUACAGUCGGCCCUCUGUCUUCACUGAUUUUUUUAAUCCAUGGAUUCAAUCAUCCAUGGCUUGA